GUAGAAAAGAAAUUUAUUUUUCCAUCAUCUUAUUUAAAUGAAAAAUCAUCAUAUACUAUCAAUUUAUUUAAAAACCGUGCACUUCAAUAUAAAAGAGAUUUGGACAGUUUAUUUAUGAUUAUGGACCAAAUUAAGUCUAUUAUGGACCAAAUUAAGUCUAUGCUAAAUUGUAAACAAUUCCAUGUGAAAGGUGUUGGUGUUCAAGUCGAUAUUAAAGAUGAAAUGCCCCUUGUGAAUAAAAGUUUAUCUGUUGAUGUCCAAAACAUUCAAGUAAUUAAAAAUGAAGGGAAUUCAAACAGUCAAAAAACUUUAUAUUCUAUACAUUAUCCAAUGUUAUAUCAAGAUUUAAUUCGUUACAAUUCAAAUAAGGUUCUUGGGCCUUUCUUAGAGAAUUUAACUGAAGUUGAAAAAUAUAAAUAUCCACCACCAUUAAAAAUAACAGUACAUUUAUCAUGUGAAACUAAACUUCCAAAACAACUAAAAGCAAUUUUGAAAUGGGAUUUUAAAAAUGAUGUUCGUGAUAGUCAGAUUAAUAUCAUCAGUUAUGAAGUUAUAGCUAUAGCGGUUUAUAAUAACAAAAUUAUAAUGAAUAAUGGAUGGGUAAAAAUUAUAAAAGUAAAGUCUCUCCCAUUGCCUAUGACUUGUACUUGUCAACUGGUCACGGUUAAUGGUGCAAUUUAUUAUUUUGCAAUUAGAGCUAUAGGUAUGGAUGGAAAAUGUGGACCAUUUAGUAUAUCUUUGCCUUUAGAGAUUAGAUAUUGACAUGCAAUUUACAACUGCGCAACAGUUUAAACGCAAUCAAACUGAUCAGUUGCAUGUGAGCUGACCGUUAUUUAACGCUGCAGAAGUCACUAAUGCGAUUACACUGUUGUGAAACUGAAAAUUGUCCGUCAACGAAUAUAAUGAAAGCUUAAUUUGAUUUGGAGCCACGCAACAUUCAUUACCAAAACAGCUGUCGUCGACCGUACCUUCGUUUAAUCUUUCGCUUACUUCUGUAAGCCACUUUCUAGUGGCUGUGGUUAGGACACAUACAUAUAAUAUAUAGACCGGCGAACCGGUCUAUUUUAUCCUUGCAAUGAUAUCGAUAAGAUUGUAUCUCCCGGUAGUAUAUUGAUAUUCACGCAUCGUGUGUGCUUAUCACGCGUCCUUUUCCAACCCUUUAUCUUUGACACGUGCAAAAUGAAAUGUUAUAUGGGUCGUCACUUCGUGAUUUUUAUCUUUCGUUAUCACGCCAAACGUUUUUUUGAUAUUCAUUUUAUGUGUAUAAUUUUUUCUUUAUAUAU